AUGUCGGACGGUCGACGUGCCGUUGAUUCGGACAAGGUCUGGACAACCCUCAUAACCAACCUCGACUACCUACCCGGCCUGCUCACCCUGCACUACUCCCUCGUCAAGUCCGGCUCGGCAUACCCCCUCGUCGCGCUCUACACGGACUCGUUCCCGGCCAAAGGCCUCGCCGCCCUCGAGCGCCGCGGUAUCCCUGCACAGCGCAUCGAGUACCUCCUCCCAACAAAGGGCCGCGACUACUCCAACGACCCACGCUUCUACGACUGUUGGAGCAAGCUCUCGCCCUUCUCGCUGACCCAGUAUGCCCGCGUCGUCCAGCUCGACUCGGAUAUGCUCGUCCUCCGCAACAUGGACGAACUGAUGGAGCUCGACCUCGACGACGGCGACUUCGCCGCCCAACAGACCCCCGGCGCCGCCAUCGGCGGCAGCCCCCGCACCGGCUCCCCGGGCUCUCCGACGCUCGAGGACCUCGCCGUCAAGAACCCGAGCACCCGCGUCUUCGCCGCCGGCCACGCCUGCGUCUGCAACCCGCUCAAGAAGCCGCACUACCCGGCCGACUGGACGCCCGACAACUGCGCCUUCACGACGCAGCACGCCGCGCCCGACGCCGCCCAGCGGUCCGCGCCCGACCCCGUGACGCAGUCGCCGCUGGGCUUCAUGAACGGCGGCCUGCAGGUCGUCAACCCGUCCAAGAAGCUGUUUGAGCAGAUUGUCAAGCACAUGGAGCUGGGCGCCAUGGACAUGGACUUUGCCGACCAGAGCCUGCUGUCGGACCUGUACCGCGGCCGCUGGGUCGCGCUGCCCUACGUCUACAACGCGCUCAAGACGAUGCGCUGGGACGGCGUGCACAGCGACAUCUGGCGCGACGCCGAGGUCAAGAACGUGCACUACAUCCUCGCGCCCAAGCCGUGGGACGAGAUCGACGCCGAGACGGGCGAGUGGACGGGCACGGAGCCGUCGCACCGGUGGUGGGUCGACUUCAACAGGGAGAGGAAGGCCGGCGAGAAGGCGCGGGGCGUCGACGACGAGUAUUAA